AUGUCUCAAAAGGAUAGGAAUACAAGGAUCGCUCAAAAGGCUUUUGAAAUGGUUGAUAAGAUGUAUGGUAAGUACCAAAAUGUUUAUAGAGACGAGUUCGCCUCUCGUUAUAACCAAAAUUCUUAUGAAUAUGAUGGUCCAAAAGUGUAUACCAUAAAAAAGGCGACUAGUACUACUAGUUGUCGUCGAGUAAUUUAUCAGUAUUCAAAUGAGUCAACUAUAAAUGUUCCGGUUGUUUCUCACCCCUUAGAACAUAUUCAAUACUUUGGUGAUACCUCUCCUUUUAUCGUUCAUGCCAAUCGGUCUGAGAGGCCGAAAGGACAGGCUAUUAGCUGCGAUGAGGCGGCCAAACUCUAUGGAGGGGUGCUUAUAAAAGAGUAUCGUAAGUGAGCAGGGUAAAACUCAAGUAACGUCGAAGAUGCAGUCACGCAGGGUGAAUUUAAUAAGGUGUAAUAUAUUUUAUAUUUUGUUUCUGCUUUCGGAAAAGUGCAAACCAACACAUAUGCUACAGCUUGUUUUAAAGGUUUUGCUUAGAAUAAGCUUUAGAUCACUACCAAGUCUUUGUGUUUGGUAUGUAUCUACAGGUACUUUAUGUUGAUGAAGC